AUGAGACGAGUCAUUUUCUAUAGUGCCAGGACCAAUAAAUGGCACCGUGCCCCAGAUAUGCUUCGGCGGCGUCAUUUUUUUGGCUCAUGUGUUAUUAAUAACUGCUUGUAUGUUGCCGGUGGGGAGAAUGAGGGGAUGCAUCGGUCCUUGAGAUCAGCUGAAGUCUAUGAUCCCAACAAGAACAGAUGGUCCUUCAUUUCAGAUAUGAGCACUGCAAUGGUGCCCUUCAUUGGGGUUGUUUAUGAAGGCAAAUGGUUCUUGAAGGGGUUAGGCUCUCAUCGGCAAGUUUUGAGUGAGGUCUACCAACCAGAAAAUGACAGCUGGUACUCUGUGUAUGACGGAAUGGUUGCAGGCUGGAGGAACCCAAGUGCUGCUUUAAAUGGGCAUCUCUAUGCUUUGGACUGCAAAGAUGGCUGCAAACUUAGAGUUUAUGAUGAAGCGACUGAUUCUUGGGGCAAGCAUAUCGACAGUAAGAUGCAUUUGGGUAAUUCUAGGGCUUUGGAGGCAGCUUCCCUUGUUCCCCUGAAUGGUAAACUUUGCAUCAUCCGGAAUAAUAUGAGCAUUUCACUGGUUGAUGUUUCGAAAUCCAGUGAAGUUGGUGAAGCAAGUACAGAACAUCUGUGGGAAACUAUAGCAGGUAGAGGGCAGUUCAGGACCUUGGUCACAAAUCUGUGGUCAAGUCUUGCUGGCAGGAACCGCCUGAAAAGUCACAUAGUUCACUGCCAGGUUCUUCAAGCCUAG